CACAUCGCACACAAAACAGAGAACAAAAAGCUACACACAGCAGCGCAGCACGAGUGUGUGCUGGUCAGAUCACAAACAAGUCCAGACAGUGACUCACUGUGUGUGUAACGUUACCGAGAGGCAGCACCGAACCACAGAGGGUUAAAUAUCUCCUUCAGUGUGUCCAGUCAGCAGCUGGUUGAAGUGGUCAUACUCCAGUAUUCCCUCCCGAAGCCGUCCUCCUCCCUCAGUGGAAGUUUAGAUGGGUUCUCAGUAUGCUCAGCAGCAGCAGCAGAACGUGGGCGGGUUCUGUCAGCCGGGUCAGCCGGCGUACUUCAGCCCUCCGCAGCAGCAGCCCGCCGCCCCGAGCCAGCCGCCGUACAUGCAGCCACGCCCACUGCCUCAACAGGAGGUGCCUCAGGAGGCGUACGGGGGGCGGGGCCAGUCUGCCGCUAUGACUCCUGGGAAACCAAACCAUGAGGAGAUGAGCCUGAGCCAACAGGAGAGGCCGUCCAGCCUGCCGGAUUUGUCCGGCUCCAUCGAUGACCUGCCCACCGGCACCGAGGCGGCGGUGAGUUCGGGGGCCUCGGGCUCCGGCAGCGCUCAGGGCGACCAGGGGACCCCAGCCCGCUCUCCUUUCUCCCCCCACGUCUCCCCCCGACUCCCCCCGCCAGCUCGCACCGGGCCCUCGCCUUCCCCGUCGCCGUCCCCCGCUGGCUCCAGCGGCCAAUCACGAGCCGGACCGAUGUCACCAGCACCCAGCGGACCAGGCCCUCAGCUGGCCCCUCAGGCCCCUGGUCCUGGAUCAGACGUCGGUCCUCAGGACAGAGGUUUCCCUCCCUCCAUGCAGCGUAGCACUCCGGGGCCUCAGUUUGGCCCUCAGCAGUCAGCGCCGCCUAUGUCCCCUCACCGGGCCCCGGGCGGACCCCUGCACCACGGCUCCUACCAGCAGGGGGCCUCGUACGGCCAGUACGGCCCUCCAGGUAACUACCCACGGCCCCCACACUACGGCGGGGCCGUCAGUGCCAAUUACAGCGGCCCCGGCCCGGGGCCCGGCCUGGCCAACAGCCUGGGGUUGAAUGCCAGCAGUCCCAUGCAUGGUCAGGGCCCGUCAACGCCAGCAGGUCGCGGCCCCGGGCCUGGCACCGGGGGCAGGCCUUUCCCUGCCGGAGGAAGCGCCAUGGCCCCCACCUCACCCGGAAUGCCGCAGCCUGCUGGGCAGGGCAUGGGGCCCCCGGGGCCCAAUGCCAGCCGCAAACCGCCUGAGGUCGGCCCCAACGCCGGGCCGAGUGCCAACUCCUCAUCAUCAUCUGCCGCCGCCCAGGCCAGGCAGGGCAGCUACCUGGGCAUGGCACCGAUGGGAGGGAUUGGUCCUGGAGGUCCUGGAGGUCCUGGAGUUCCUGGAGGCCCCUACAGCCAGCAAGCAAUCUCCAACCCUGGGAGGAUGACACCUCAGGGGCCCCCGUACAGCGCCCCGCCCUCAGGUGCUGUGAUGAUGCCGGCAGACGGGAUGAGUCCUCAUCCAGACACCAAGCAGCGGCCGGAGCUCAGCAAAGACGUCGUGUGUCCUGCCGCCGAACCGCCCAAACCCAAGUGUGUCCGUCCCAGCCCCUCACCCCCUCCCCCCAUGUCCCCCAGCUCAGCGAGUCUGUCGUCGUUUCAUGGAGAGGACAGCGACAGCAUCAGCAGCCCUGCCUGGUCCAAGACGUCCUCCACCAGCCCGUAACCGAGCGUGGCCACGAUGACCGGUGAGAAGAUCACGCGUCUGUAUGAGAUGGGCUCGGAGCCUGAGAGGAGGCUGUGGGUGGACCGCUACCUGUCCUUCAUGGACGAGAGGGGGACGCCCGUCCCCAACCUCCCCGCUGUCGGGAAGAAACCUCUGGACCUCUGCAGGCUGUACCUGGCUGUCCGAGAGAUCGGAGGCCUCGCCAUGGUGAAUAAGAAUAAGAAGUGGAGGGAGUUGUCGUCCCUGCUGAGCGUGGGGACGUCGAGCAGCUCGGCGAGCUCUCUGAAGAAGCAGUACAUCCAGUACCUGUUCGCCUACGAGUGUAAGGUGGAGCGAGGGGAGGAGCCUCCACCUGAGGGCCCGGGGCCCGCCGGAGACGCUAAGAAACUUCUGUCCCUCCAGGCCAAGAUCCAGCCUCCGUCCCCAGCCAACUCGGGCUCCCUGCAGGGCCCCAACACCCCUCAGUCCAGCAGCAGCUCCCUGACCGAGGCCCCCGGGGACCUGAAGCCCCCGACGCCAGCCUCCACGCCACACAGCCAGAUGGGCCCCCACCCGGCUCGCAGGAACAUGGGAGGAGUGAGCGUGCAGGACCCGUUCUCUGAAGGCAGCGAUCCGGCCUUCCACAACAAGCGGGGGCCCGGACGCGGGGGCCCCUACCAGCAGGGCGGGGCCCCGACGGACCCCUCGAUGAGAAUGCAGUAUGAUGCCAACAAGGACCCGUACGGAGGGCCGAGGAAAGGUCCGGGGCCCGGCGAGGCCUUUGGUCCCGGUCAGAUGCCCAGUGGUACCAUGCAGGACAUGUACCCCCGCGGGCCGCCCUCUGGGCCCCUGACGGGGAUGGGCCCCAGGCCCCAGUACCCGUACGGCCCCGGCUACGAGCGGAGGCAGGAUCAUGUGAUGGGCCCGGACGGCGGCAUGGCGCCCCCCGGAGGUCAGAGCAGCGCGGCUCCGUCUGGAAACGAGUCGGCCAUGUUUCCCGCCAGCAGAUACCCCCCCCACCAGAGGUGAGAGCGUACACGACGCUACGCACAGCAGUAUCCUCACAGCAUGGCCUACACUUCCCAUCAGCCCCUGUACCCUCAGCAGCAGGGCUACAAGCGUGCGAUGGAGGGCGUUUACCCACCUGCUAAGCGUCACGAGGGCGAGCCGUUCGGCGUGCAGCCGUUCGGCCCCCAGCAGCCCGACAUGUUCGGCCCCUACAGCGGAGGAGCCGGCAGCGGCUACAUGGGCCCCGAGCGGCGGCCGGUGCAGGGCCAAUACCCGUAUCCGUAUCCCCGGGAACGUCAGGGGCCCCUGCAGCAUGGCAUGAUGGCCUCGGGACCGCCAGCGGUGUCGGGGGGCCCCGGGGAGGGGCCGCAGCCCAACAUGUGGCACCCCAGGACAGACAUGAGCUACACAUACAGCCGGCAGGGCCAGGCCCCCUACACGCCCAUGGGCCGAGGAGACGACCAGGAGAGCCGGGCCCCCCAGGACAGCCAAUGGCCCCCCAGUCACCCGGGCCAACGCCAGCCUCCGUACCCCCCCCACUCCUCCUCCUCUGUGCCCCCCCCACCCUCCAGACAGCCCCCCUCCUCCUUCCAGGCCACGCCCACCGUCCCUAACCACGUGACCCGCUCUCACAGCCCCUCACCCUUCCCCCGGCCCCUGGGGGCCUCUCUGUCCCCCAACAGCGCCCCCUACCUGAAGAAGCUGGGGCCCCCACCUGCUCAGGGCCCCCUCAUCCACAGAGAGGUCAGCUUCCCCCCCGGAUCCGUGGAGGCCACGCCCCCCAAACUGAAGCCACGUCGCCGACUCACCGCCAAAGACGCGGGGACCCCGGAGGCGUGGCGGGUGAUGAUGUCACUGAAGUCCGGCCUGUUAGCAGAGAGCACCUGGGCGCUCGACACCAUCAACAUCCUGCUGUACGACGACAGCACUGUGGGCUCCUUCAGCCUGUCACAGCUCCCUGGUUUCCUGGAGCUCAUCGUGGAGUUUUACCGUCGCUGCCUGAUCCAGAUCUUUGGCAUCCUGGAGGAGUACGAGGUGGAAGCUGAGAGCCAGAGGAGCCUGCUGGGACCCCUGUCCGACUGCCCUGAGGAGGAGGUGCAGGAGGAGGUGCGGGGAGACAGCCAAUCAGUCGCGGAGCAGAGGACUCUGGUGGAGGAGAUGGAGGAUAGAAUGGAGGAGCGGCUCACAGCUGAGGCCGAGGAGGAGGUGACGGGGGGUGACCCUGUUGUCAAAGAGGAGGCGGAGGUGAAGGAGGAGCAGCAGGAGCAGGCAGAGCCCCGCCCCCAACAGGCCAGCAAGUAUGACAAGCUGCCAAUCAAGGUGGAGGAGGAUGGGGAGGAGUGGGAGGAGGUGGAGGAGCGCUGGGCUGAGCUACGCCGACCCAACGGCUUCAUCAGCGGCCUCCUGCACUGGAGGGCCGGAGGAGGAGACUCCACCGCUCACAUCCAGACAGGAGAGAGGGAGGCGAGGAGGCGAGGAGACCAGGGGAGGAGGCAGGAGGGAGGCAAGGAAAAGGACCCGGCGGCCGGGGAGGAGACGCCACCUGAAACACAAGAAGGCUUCCUGUCGGAGGUCAGAGGUCGGAGGUCGCCGGCGGCUCAGAGUCCCCUCAGCCAGCUGGAGGACGAGCCUCGCUGCUGGGACGAGGCGCCGCUGUCCACCGCCGAGUCCUGGCAGGACGCUCUGGCUAAACGCUGCGUCUGCAUCUCCAACAUCGUGCGCGGCCUCUCCUUCGUCCCCGGCAACGACGGCGAGAUGUCGCGGCACCCGGGCCUGGUGCUGAUCCUGGGCCGGCUGGUGCUGCUGCACCACCAUCACCCGCGCAGGAAACGGACGGCACCCAGCUACCAGCGGGAGGAGGAGCGGGGGCUGGCGUGCAGCCGGGACGAGUGGUGGUGGGACUGCCUCGCGGCGCUCAGGGAGAACACGCUGGUGACGCUGGCCAACAUGGCGGGCCAGCUGGACCUGUCGCAGUACCCCGAGAGCAUCUGCCUGCCCGUCCUGGACGGGCUGCUGCACUGGAUGGUGUGCCCGUCCGCCGAGGCGCAGGACCCGUUCUGCUCGGCAGGCGGCACGUCCUCGCUCACGCCGCAGAGACUGGUGCUGGAGUGUCUGUGCAAGCUGAGCAUCCAGGACUGCAACGUGGACCUGCUGCUCGCCACGCCGCCCUUCAGCCGCCAGCAGAAGCUCUACGCCACGCUGAUGCGCCUGGUGGGCGAGAGGAAGAGCCAGGUGUGCCGGGAGAUGGCGGUGGCGGUGCUGUCCCACCUGGCGCAGGGCGACCCAACGGCAGCGCGCUCCAUUGCCCUGCAGAAGGGCAGUGUGGGAACUCUGAUCGGCUUCCUGGAGGACAGUGUGGCGGUGGCUCAGUACCAGCAAAGCUCUCACGGUGUGCUGCACGCCGCCGCGCCGCCCGAGCCGCCCAGUGUCAACAUGAUGUGCCGCGCCGCCAAAGCGCUGCUGGCCAUGGCGAGGGUGGAAGAGAACCGGACGGAGUUUGUUCUGUACGAGAGCCGGCUGCUGGACAUCUCGCUUUCGGCCGCCCUCGACUCCUCGGUGGCGGCCAUCAUGUGUGAAGUACUGUUUAAGAUCGGCCGCUCGUGACACGAUCACCGCCAUGGAGCGCGCUCAGUGUGACGGAGUGGCUCCUGUUAUAUUUUUAUUUAAAGAACAAACAAAUGUUUUUACGUACAAAUGAAUAUAUAUAGAAUCUAUACGGCUCCGCGGCUCCAUCUGCAAAAUGUUUAUUUGGGAUUUUUAAGUAAUUUUAAUACAAAAAUAUUUAAUACUUGUAUUUUUAAUUUUUUAUUCUUUUGUCAGUUUGUUGUUUUGUUUUAACCAAAGUGUGACGGGGCGCUGCCGCUCUUUGUGGACGUUUGUUUCUGUUCCCGGGGGCGGGAUUAGUUAGCUGUUGGGGGCGGGGUCAGGUUAAUUUAAGCGGGGACACGUGUUGUUUGACAUGUUGUAGAUAAGCGUGUCUCUGCUCAUGUGGUUCGACAGGAAACGCUGAUGUUCAGUCACGUACUUUGUUUUGGUGCAAUAGGUUUGUUUUGGGCGUUUCUUACUUUAAAUGUGAAUUCUUUGACCAUCUGCAGUUUGACCAUCAGUAUUUUGCCGACAGCAGUAUCAGACGCCACUUUCUGUUUUCGAAGAACUUUUACCGUCAGUCAGAACUCCCAUCAUCCUCCUGUAAAUAGACGAUGUACAUUCGAGCGUCAUCAUUUAAAACCACCUGAACGUUUAGUUUCUCUCUCCUCCAGCAGGUGAAGACUUCUCUCUGUAUUUAAGGAAAAACUCCCAGUUCAGGACGUGGGGGGGGGCGGGGGGUCUGAUCGGGGAGGGUGCGUUUGGUUUGACAGACUGCGUGUACAGGAGGCGGAGGGCCGGGCGGGACUGGACUCAUCAUGUCGCUCACUGACACAGAAACCGUUAUAACAAAUGUAAAGAGAUAAAAAAAGAACAGGUCUCUUCAUGCAGCUCGUCUCCUGUUUGAUUUGACAGACGCUGUUUCUUCAGAUCUUUAUGUUCCACAACCAGAAUAAACGUACAUGAACUCUGCUGAGCACUGAACGCA